AUCCGGCGAACAAUAAUUGCUUUCCGCUCUUGCAUGCUCCAUCCCAUGUUCGCACACUUUUCUUUUUCAUAUUUCUGUUCUCUUCUUUCAUUUCUCGAAAUUCCCUCACGACCAUAAGACCAUCAAAUUUUUCAUCCGACCCCUUUAUACCCUGAACUGCAUCGGCAACACCCAGCCGUUAUCUUCACGCACCAGGGCAUACAUCCUGUCGGACCCUGACCCCCCUCCCCACUGUACCGACCCUCAUCAUAUUCCGCAAGCAGGCUGAUUUUUUUACAUCGAAAGCCUAAUCUUUCGCUCUUUUCAACUGCAACGCCCAACUUACUCAAUUGACUCCAACCUUGAGCGCAUCGUACUCGUCAGGGCACUCACUCUUUCUGUCAGCACUAUCGCGAUCCAGCACACGAAUAACACAGCAGAUCAAAUAACGCCACGGAUCUAGCAAUGCCCUUUCAAGUUGGAGUGGACGAUGCAGAUGGGUUCGUCAAGUAUCUAGUCAAUGUCGUGGUAGUAACAGCGACGGUAGCCUGGCUGGCCAUGCUUUUCGUCCGAUCGAUUGAUGCGAAGGUCAUCAAGUAUAGAAAGCCCUUCAGCGUUGCCAUGACGCUGCAGCUCUUCUUCGUGACAUGUCGUAAUCUAACGACCAUGAUGCUGUCCUCGGGCUUCCCUAUCCCUUGUCGUUGGGUGGCCGUCAUUGGUGGUGUCAUCUACCAAUUGUUUGCUAUCUCGGCCGAGUGUGCCAUGUUGAUUCGCUGCAGAUCAUUCACCCGGUACCCCAAGAUGGUCACCUACCUGACUAUCCCCACUUGGAUCGUACGUUUUGGUCUCUGUAUCUGGCUGGUGACGACUAUCAAGGGCGAGGACAACGAGGCCGGCUACAUCUGCGACACCUCGAUGGACUACAAUCUCUCUGCUAUCAUGCAAUACAUCAAGAUUGCGACCGAGGUUAUUAUCCUCGUGUUCUUUCUCGAGCGCGUCAUUGCCCUCCACCGCAGCUCCCGCGGCAUGGAGACCGAUGCCAGCCAUAGCCACUGGAAGCGUCUUGCCCUCAUUAACGCCGGUAUCACCUUCUUGGUUAUUCUCUUCGAGGUCCUGGUCGGCCAGGUCACCGUCUACUUGACCGGCUAUUUGUUCUUGACGUACAGCUUGGUCAAUUUCAUUCAAGCAACGCUUGUGGUCUUUAUCGUUGAGGAUACCAAGAACGUGUUCAAAAAGCGAGCUGCGACAAGCAAUAGCGCGUCGAAGCAGAGCAACAGCAACAACCACAGUGGUAGCAACGCCCAGCGGAGUAAUGACUACGACAGCUCCACUGUCAGCUACGCAGACGGUGUCGCUGCUGCCAAGGUCAAUCGUCUCCACGACCCCAGCCAGCUGUCGCAGCAGCCGUGGUCCCUGACCAUGCGCGCACCCUCCGUAAUGCCCGAAAGCGUUCCUGUUCAUUAUAGUCCGCAGUCGAAUGACCGUCCUUCGUCCCACUUUUACGACUUUGGUCAGAUGGACCAGAAGUCGUCCUUGAACCGGCAUUGGGAUGUCGACCCCGAGUCUCAGGAUACGAUCGAUGGAAGCAAACGCUGGAAAUACAACAGGCCCGAAGAUGAGAUCCCUAUGACCCUCGCCAAGAGCCGAGAGGACGCUCAGAACCCUAGACGAUAAACGCUAAUUUUUACCCGGUGAAUAUCGUUCCUCGAGAGUUCCUGUCUCCUUCCUUUCCCUCUCCCUCGUCCUGCAUCGUUUUUUCAUCUUCAUGCUGCUUAAAUACUCCUUGCUUCAACACACGUUGAUUAUACUACGCAUAAUUCAUAAUAAAACCCAUAGUAAUGAUAGUAAUGAUAAGUAAUUGAUAGUUGAUUAUUGAAUU